UGUCCCCCACAUUCAUCGCCUGUUAUGCUUUGGUAAAUCCUGGAAGGAAAGGGAGGAGGGGGCUAUGGUGGACAAUCCUGUCCCAAAUAGCUGGCCUCUCCACAGUGCAGGCUGGAAGUGGGAGCCCGUGGGAAGCCGAGAUCAAAGAGCCCAGGCCAGGCUGCUAAGGCUGAUAUUCAAGACAACGCAAAGUCACCAGAAGCUUGAGAUUCACGUGGAGAUGGAUUAUCAGCCGUGAGGUCUUUCUUCCAGGGUUCCAACAGGGCCAGAAGAUCUUGAUGCAAGUGGGUAAGUCCCUGCCACCACACCACUCCUGGGUUGCUUUUUUGGAUGAACACAAAGGAUUCUCCCAGGGAGCAAGUGUGGAGCACUGAGGCAUGAGCUAAUGUGCAUGGCUUGGGGAGGGCCUUGCAGUCAAGUGUACUCAAAACAGCAAGAAGUGAGGAGCUCUCGGCAUUCUAGACUCAAAUUCUGUAGACAGUCCCCUUUGGCUGAGCCAAGCCAGAGAUGCUCAGAAAAUGGGGUCUUGCGAUCAGAUCAGGUUAGGUAUUAUGGACAGGAAAAGAAAGACUCAGCGCUGCAGCCUGCAGAGCUCUCUGAGGACCAGGAUUUAGCUCGAGUUCCCCCGUCUGUCCGUAAGGCCUGAACUGGACAUCACUAUGGUGAUCACAUCCCAGGAGGAGGACUGGUCAGCAACGCAGUGACCAUGCUGGAAUAUUUUUGAAAUAUUUGGACAAUUCUGAUACAAACCCUUCUUUUAAUAACAUUUCAUGUUGCAUCUCUUGUAAUUUUAUUUAUGUAGCUGUUGUCUUUCCACCUGACAUUCAAUUGGUAUUUAAUUUGCAAAUAUUGUGUAAGUAUCUGAAUCCAUUAAGAGAAUCAUUAUUGAAUGCCUGUGCAACACUCCAAAUAACAUUUUCGUUUGAGGAAGAUGUGCUACAACCUUGUAGCUAGCUUUGGACAUAAAUAUUCCCGAAUCGGGGAUCAAAGUCCUAGAGGAAUGUGAAGGUAAAGAGACCUUCUGAGAAUGCUGAGUGAUGACAGCUCUGCUUACCUCCUUAAGGGAAACCCCAGAGCAACCGCCCUGUGGGUCCUAUGACUUUAGUAUGUGGCAAAACCGAUAGAUGUUGACGCCAGCCAUUUCUUUCCUCCUAAGUGGUCAGCACACUGCUCCCCCCACAUCCUCCCGGGGCAUAUGCUAUUCAGGCAUGAUGGGAAUAUUAAUCAGGAUCCAGCAGGAAGACAGGAACUCUUGCAUGUUGUUAACAAGGAGGGAACUAAAUGCAGUAUGGUACCCUGAGUUGGAUCCUGGCAAAGGAAAAGAACAUGAGUGGAAAAACUGAUGAAAUCCAAAUAAAACCUGUCAAUUAUUGUCCCGGUGUUAUAAUCUCUCAGUUUUGACAGCUGUGCCAUGGUUGUGUAAAAGUGGAUGUUAGGGGAACCUGGAUGAAGGGCAUAAGGGACCUCUCUGCAUCUUUGCUACUUUUCUGCAAAUCUAAAAUUAUUCCCAGUGGGAAGAACAGGAGAGCGAGCUCUUCCCCUUUGUGUGAGGCGGUUGAUGUGGAAACCUCCGACCAGAGGUCCUGGACAACACAUCCUGUCCCCGUGUGUGCUGCAGAGUCUGUCCUUCCUCCCCGGGGCUCCAGGCCACACUGCUGGGUCUGGGCCAUGUCUUCCCACCCGACUACCCUCCUGGGCCUAGUGCUCUGCCUGGGCUGCACGAUCCACACACAGGCAGGGACCCUGCCCAAACCCUCCAUCUCGGCUGAGCCAAACUCUGUGAUUCCCCGGGGACAGCCCGUGACUGUGGUGUGCCGGGGACCUGCUGGGGCUCAGACGUUCCGCCUGGAGAGCAAGAAUAAAACCCAUUCAUUCAAGCAUGUUGAUAUUGUGCUUCAAUCUGGUGCAUCUGAGACAGAGGCCAGAUUCUCCAUUGAGGCAUUUAGUGAAGUCACUGUUGUGCAUUAUCACUGCCUCUAUCAUAAGCCGUCCGGCGAGUGGUCUGAACGGAGUGACAUCCUGGAGCUGGUGGUGACAGGAGGCACACAGAGGCCUUUGGACGACAGUAACAAUGGUGGUGAGUGCUGGGGACAUAAGAGCAAGAGCUUGGUAUGUGCCUCUUGGGGAAGGGGGAGAAGAUCGGGCUUUGGGCUUGGUCCAGCUCCAGCACUACCGAUGGCUAGCCCUGUCCAUGUGCGCAGUUUUCCUUGGCUCUCAGAUCCCUGCUGUGUGAGAUGGGGUAAGGAUUCCUGUGUUCCAGGGCUGGUUUUGGGGGCGUUGCUUCCUUCUUUAUUUCGGCCCCGACUGUCCUCAGGGCCCCCCAGCAGCAAGGACGAGGAGCAGAGGCCGCAGCAGAGGCUCAGCCAGGCUGUUGAUGUCCUGGAGAGGAAAGCAGGUAUGGCCACGGUUGAUGGGCUUCCUGAGAAGGAGAGAGAGAAGGACACCCCACCCCGUUCCACAGGGGACCCCGAGGAGGUGACGUAUGCUCAGCUGGACCACCGGGCCCUCACUCAGAGGACAGCCCACGCUGCCUCCCCACAGGUCACAGAGCCUGUGGCUGAGUCCAGCACGUAUGUAGCCAUCAUCAGAAACUAACCUCAGGCCCACCUGACUCUGCAUGUGAUGACACAGGAAGUCACUCUUGGGAAGUCUAAGGCAGACAUUUGGAGGGCUUUGCCUUGUCUUCAUCCUGACCUGGAGAGCCGGCCAGUCAGCUCUCCUGGGGACAAGAGCUGGAGCCUAGAGAUCUCUAAUCAUCAUCCAGAACAUUCAUUAACCAAGUGGUCCCUUCCACAGUUGACCAGAUACAUGGAGAGACUGUGUUGUGGCUGCUUCGAGCCCCAGCUGCAGUUACCUGGCUGUUUCCAAAGACCCAACUACAGUCAUCUGACUUUUUCCAGAGCCCCAGCUACAGUCACUUGAUUCCUAGCUACAGGCAUCCAGGUGAUUUCAUGAACAGUGUUGCAGGCUCCCAACUGCUCCCAGGUGUCUCCUAUGAAUUCCCAACUUCCCCAGGGACUCCAUUUUAAUCACCUACUCAGCUGACCCUAAAGACCUUCCUAGAAUUUAAUUGCUAACCUUGAAACUGGCUCUACUUAUGCAGCUGAGAGCUCAGUUCAGUUAUCUAGGUCACAUUUGUGCAUCAAUAAAUAGUUUGAGAGACCCACUGCUGGCAGCCCUGUGCCAGGUCCUGGGUGCAGAGGUCACUUGGACCGUGUCUCUCCCUUCACAGUUGUUCAAAGCUGAGUAGGCAAAACAAGAGCUACAGAGAAGAUGUCAGCAUUUUGUUUUUACUUUUUUACAUUUAAUUGACCAAGAUUGUAUAUAUCCAAGGUGUACACUGUGAUAAUUUGCUAUAGACAUGCAUUGCAAUUGUUGCCAGGAUUAAAUUCAUUAGCACAUCCAUCCAUCACCACCCACGCUGGACAUAAGAUCUCAAGAACUUGUUCAUCUUGGGACUCGGAGCGGGUGUCGGUGUUUCCUGACCCAGCGUGUGCAUGGGAUGAAUGAGGGAGGGGCUGAGGGCAGGUGUGGCUGGAAGAAGGCAGAGAGACGAACCCACCUACCCACGGCUACACACGUGCACACACAGGAUACACACACACACACACAUGCACAACCACACGUCCCAAGAGAGCUCUGAACCCAAUGCUGAAACGUGACAUGUCUGUGUGUCCACCCACUUGAACCGUCAGACAUGUUUUUCCCAUUCCGAUUAAAACAGAAAAUUACCCUACGAACCACUAGGGGGCGAGAGCGUCCCAUUUAUGUUCAUUUGGUUUGAUUUCUUUCUUUUUUUUUUUUACACCCUCCUCCCCCAAGAACAAACAAAAAACCAAGGACAAGCCUUAUGGGGAGACUCAAUGGGCACAUCUCCUGGUGAGACUCCUCCUGGGCAGAACUGCAGAUAUUAAAAAAAUCAAAACAUCAUAUUUUACCCCAUAAUAUUUACGGCUAUUGUUUGUCAAUUAAAAAAAAUA